AGAAAGUUGGAAAUGACAGUCAGCCCCCAGCAGCAGCCAACACAGAAGAGACCAGAGUGUUCUCCACAGAGGACGCAGGUGGGAUGGAGCUAACCUGCCAGUUUGAUCUCACAGGGAACCAAAGAAGCCCUCCAAGCUGAACAAGUUGAAGAGGAGGCUAUCAGAAGUGGUCGGAGAAACCACCCGGGUCUUUGGGGGUGAGGACACGGCCAUGAUGGACCUCACAGUUGGGAUCGGUAGUGUCAUGGAACCACAGAUAUCCAGUGGAAAUGACAUGAUAUCAACUCAAGACAGGGCAGAAACUACAGGUGGAGAGAAGACAGCACAGAUGGACCUCACUGUUGGUGUGGGGAGCAUUCUCAACAUACAAAGGUUGUCAGAAGAACAGGACGGUGACAAGACCAGAGUUUUUGGCAGAGAGAGCACUGCUCGGAUGGAUCUGACACAGGGUUUCGGUGGAAUCUUGGCUUCAGCCUGCACUCUAGAUGGAAACAACAAGCUUGACCCCAUCAGAGGUGUGCAAGAAAGGAGCAUGCCUGUUCAACAACACAGUAAUGGUAGCUCAAAAAGUUUGCCAGAGGAGAGGAACUCAGGGAUGGUUGACCUCAGAAGCAUCAAGGAAGCGACUGACAGAACGCAGGUGUUUGGUGCAGAUGACGGUGGUAUGGAAAUGACUCGAUGUCACACCGGGGUGCUGUCUGAAGACGCCAACCUUCUCAUAUCUGCCAAGAGGAGAAAGACGACAGCGCAGGAAAAACGAGUCAGUUUUGGUCCCAGCCAAACCCUUGUCACAGCCACAUCUAGCUUGCCCACCAUGACAACAUUAGACAUGGCUGACAAGACCAAGAUCUUUGGCUCUGACACCACAGCCUGCAUGGAUGUAACCAGCUGCACUGGUGGCAUCCUUGGCCAGAAUGUUCCUCAAGUUACUCGAGAAACCCCUGCCAGACCCUUGUACAACCUUGCAGACCUCACCACCUUUCAACAGCUCAGUAAAUCCCGCAGCAGCCUCCCGCUGUUGAGAAGCAGAACAAGCCUGGUGUCCGUGGCUAGAAGAGCUUCCACAGCAGCGGUCAACAUGCACAUGGUGGGUCCACAACCAGACUCGGACUCCACUGCAUCACUGCAAAAAGAAGAAACACCAGAGCCGGUUGUGACAAUACUGCCAGCGAUGGAAAAAGUGUUAGAAACAGCUACAACUCCACCUGCUAGUGACAGCAAUGUGGCUGUUGAAGAAACCCAUCCCAAGAGCACAGAGGCGGACGUGGUUGCCCCAGCUGUGGAAAACAGACCUCCUGUCCCACCCCUCUCCAUUGCAUCUGCAACAGGUGAUGACAGAGGCGAUCCUGGCAUCAUCAGUCCUGAGUUUGACCUACAGAACGAGCAGCUGGAACUGGUGGAGACCACAGCAGAGUUCCUGGCAGCCGUGUGUCAGGAGAACUUGACUCUGCCUCCUGCCAGACCACCAGUGAUGUCCCAGGGUAGCUCCACCCUCCCCUCUGACCUGUCACAGGCCAACAGCACUCUCCUGGAUGUGACCUGCAGGUCAAACUCAAGCUCAGACAGAUCUGCUCUUGGUGCCACAGCCAUGGAAGGGCAAGAUGACAUGGUAACAUUUUCACACUUCCCUGUCUGA